GGUAUUCGGGUCAGCAAUCCUAUUAUUAAGGAGGCCAACAGUAGUUUAGGGUAGGGUUUAGGGGAUGUAUGAUGUACAGUAGGUGUGAGAUGUGUGCAACAGUGUAUUGCUGAGCCCUCUAGUGGUGUGUUGCUAAUGUAACUUGAUUGAUAAGCCUGCAUCAGAUACUCUUACUACAACCCCAUCCCAACCCCAUCGCUUUUUCACAAAUUUAACUGUGGAUGCACAUCAGAUUAAGAUUUCCUUAUUGUCAUUUCUCAACGCUCACAUACAUUGAAAUGAAAUUUAUCCUCUGCAUUUGACCCAUCCUCUACACUAGGAGCAGUGCAGCGCCCUGGGACCAACUCCAGAUCUUUUUGCCAGUGCCAGUGGUCAUGGGCACUGACAGGAGUAUUAACCCUUUAUCCAUACAUGUCUUUGAUGGUGGGAGGAAGAUGGAGUACCCGGCAGAAACCCAUGCAAACACAGGGAGAACAUGCAAACUCCACACAGAAAAGACCUGGGACAGCCAGGAUAUGAACCCAGGACUUCCUUGCUGUGAGCCACUGUGCCACCCUUAUAUCACUUUUAUAGCUCUCUAAAUGGACAGGAAGUGAUGCUUCGUUGGGUGUUGUUUGCUUUGAUCUUCGUUAUCUGUGCCGGCGCCGGAGAACAGAAAAAAAAGAAAGUGAAGCCUAAGUCCCUUGCAAGAGGAUGGGGUGAUGAUAUUAGUUGGGUCCAGAACUAUGAAGAGGGCCUGUCAAAGAUGGUCAAGAGUCAGAAGCCUCUGAUGGUCAUCCAUCAUCAAGCGAACUGCCCGUACAGUCAAGCACUGAAGAAGGCGUUUGUCGCUGACGAGUCCAUCCAGAAAAUGGCCGAGGAGGAUUUCAUCAUGCUCAACGUGGUGCAAGAGACUGCAGACAAGAAUCUGGCUCCGGAUGGCUACUACGUUCCUAGAAUCCUCUUUGUUGAUCCAUCUAGGACUGUGCGGGCAGACAUUGUAGGGAGGUACAGCAACCGCCUCUACACCUACGAGCCCGGUGACAUGGCAUAUUUGGCCACAAACAUGAAGAAAGCCAAAGUCCUGUGGCACUCAGAACUCUAACAUGAUGAUCAGUCUGAUGUCUGACAUCCUCCACACAUGCAGAAAUGUUUACAUCUUGUUCAGAGCUCAAUAAAAACCAAAAUAAGUGAA